AACCCCGCUGGCAUCUGCGUCUGUGAGACACCCAGAGAGAGCGGCUGGCCCCGGAACGGAGGCUUACCGGAUCCUCGCCCGUAAGAGCGCCUGUCUCUCGUGGCGUUCGUGGCACCUGAGGCGUAAAGGGAUGCGAGGUGCAUGGUGACAGCAUCGCAGCAAUGAGCGGAAUUUUAAAGAGGAAGUUUGAGGAAGUUGGUGGAACCUCACCCUGUUCAUGUGUGUGGGAAUCAGAUGAAGACAUUUCUAGCAGUGAAAGUGCUGACAGUGGAAGUAAUGUCCAUCCAUCUGCUUCUAAUCAUUUUACUCGUACAUGUGACAGCAUUGCAGCAAUGAGUGGAAUUUUAAAGAGGAAGUUUGAAGAAGUUGAUGGCUCCUCACCUUGUUCCUCUGUGAGGGAAUCAGAUGAUGACAUUUCUAGCAGUGAAAGUGCUGACAGUGGUGAUAGUGUCAAUCCAUCCACUUCUAAUCAUUUUACCCCAUCUUCAAUCCUGAAGAGAGAGAAGAGGAAGAGAACAAAAAAUGUCCAUUUUAACUGUGUUACUGUCUAUUACUUCACGAGAAGGCAAGGCUUCACCAGCGUUCCCAGCCAAGGAGGAAGCACCCUGGGAAUGUCCACUCGCCACAACAGUGUGCGCCAGUAUACACUGGGGGAGUUUGCCAUGGAGCAGGAGAGGCUUCACCGGGAGAUGCUGAGAGAGCAUCUAAGGGAGGAGAAACUCAACUCUCUGAAGUUAAAGAUGACAAAGAACGGUACGGUGGAAUCCGAGGAAGCCAAUACACUGACUCUGGAUGACAUUUCUGAUGAUGAUAUUGAUCUGGACAACACUGAGGUCGAUGAGUACUUCUUUCUCCAACCCCUGCCCACAAAAAAGCGGCGGGCGUUGCUGCGAGCUUCCGGAGUGAAGAAGAUCGACGUGGAGGAAAAGCACGAGCUGCGAGCCAUCCGCCUGUCCAGAGAGGAUUGUGGCUGUGACUGCCGUGUGUUCUGUGACCCAGAAACUUGCACCUGCAGCCUUGCAGGCAUAAAAUGUCAGGUGGAUCGUAUGUCUUUCCCAUGCGGUUGCACUAAGGAAGGGUGUAGCAAUACAGCAGGUAGAAUCGAAUUUAACCCCAUCCGUGUACGGACUCACUUUUUGCACACAAUAAUGAAACUUGAAUUGGAGAAAAAUAGAGAGCAGCAAGUUCCAGCGCUCAAUGGCUGUCACGCUGAGAUAAGUGCACACAGUAGUUCCAUGAGUCCAGGACCCCACCCAGUUGAAUAUUCAAUUGCAGAAAAUUUUGAGAUUGAAACUGAACCCCCGGCUGCAGUUAUGCAUUCCCAGUCAGCCGAGGACUUGGACUGCCCAGGGGAAGAGGAGGAAGAGGAAGAUGGGAGUAGCUUUUGUAGCGGAGUUACAGAUUCUAGUACACAGAGUUUAGCCCCUAGUGAAUCAGAUGAUGAUGAAGAGGAAGAGGAAGAUGAGGAGGAAGAUGAGGAGGAAGAAAAAGCAGAUGAUUUUGUGGAAAGUAUGAGCUCCCAUGCUGAUAUGGUGCCUCUUCCUUCUGUCCUUUGCUACUCUGAUGGAACUGCUGUGCAUGAAAACCACUCUAAAAAUGCCUCAUACUAUACUAACUCUUCAACUCUGUAUUACCAAAUAGAGAACCACGUUGCUGGCACUGCUAACCAGAUCGGUGAGACUUACUCAGAAAGGGAUGCUGUCAAGAACGGUAGUCUUUCUCUGGUGCCUUACAACAUGACUUCAGAACAGUUUGUUGACUACACACGGCAAUCAGAGGAAACUUUCAGCAGCCCUCAUUACCCCUCUGCAAACCCCUCAGUGAUUGUUUGCUGCUCCUCUUCUGAAGGGGAUGGCAGUGCUCCCUGUAACAGUUUAUACACUGAGCAUAGGCCCAGUCACCCGCCAGUGGAAUUUCACUCCUACUUGAAAGCUCCUUCUGCAGAUGGCUUUGUUUCAGCCUUGAAUGGUGGCGGUCAUGUGCAAGAACACCGUGCUGAGAGUUCACUAAACCUCCCAGAAAAGAGCAGACUGCACGAAGAGUGCAUCAAAUCACCAGUGGUAGAGACAGUACCUGUUUAAUAUCAAAAUUAUUCUAGGACUGACUUCCUGUGUUAAAAUUCACUCCCAUUGGAUUUUCCUAGAAGCUUACUUUUUUAAGAGGUAGACAGCACUUGGACUACAGUGAAUGUUCCAGAAACAUUUUGUUUUCGCAAGCUACACUGGCAGUGGUAUUGCACAAAACCAGUUCAUGUAAAGAUUUAAAUAAAAAUAAUCAAAUCCUUUUUUUGAUAAAAUUAAACAGAUAAGUAAAAAACACACCCAACAUAUUUCAAAGUAGCCUACCUAUGAACAUAUGUGAAACCUGCCAAGCUAUCUGAAUCACAGCUUCAUGUGUUUGACUGUCGGGCCUGUGCAAGAUUGUUAAAAAUGAUACUUUGAAAUAAUCAUGUUUAGAGUCCUAAUUUUCAACAUAUCUGAAAAGAUGGUAAGUUUAAUGUAAAAGUAACUACUGUACAAAAAAAAAAAAGGUUUUAAUUGUUCUGUACUGUAUGUAUUUUAUUUAUGGUAGUUUAAGAUUCAUGUUUUGAUAAAAAGGAACAGCAUGUUCAUUUGAGCAUAAGAUCCAUAGCUGCUUACGAAGAGCAUGUCCACUUCUCAUCUGGAGUACCUUGUAUCCUUCCUUAUUUUUUCUUAAAAUCAUUUCUGAUAAAUCAUCUUGAAACACAUUUUUAGAGUGUACUAUUUUCUCUUUUAUUGUUCUUGACAAACAGAAGAGUCAGAAAGGGAGCAUUUACGUCUUCUAGAAUAGAGAAAGGUAGACAAUCCUCCAUUUAAACUAAAAUCAGUGGCAUUCCAGAGCUAGUACCCCCUCCCCAAAGAAAAACAAUCUUGUAUAUAUUGGGAAAGCAGUAGCUUAAGCUCACAGCACCUUCAGCCCAGCCACGGUUCAGACAUUUACGCACUUUAGUGCCACUUUGCAGUACUGUACGAACUGCAGGAACUGUGAACCUCUUGGGAGAAAUGCCAUAGCUCCAGACCCUGAGGCAACGUAGGAUCUUAAAAUUCACUGUAACAAAACCUGUACGUUUUUACCAAGCCAGUUUAUGAAUAUGUUAGUAUGCAGUUUAUAAAAGCAGAGCCUUACUGAUCAAAGUUUAAAUAAAGCACGGAAAAAAAAUGUGCAAGUGUCAGGAUUGCCUAAAUUUUUAUGAAAUACAAGACUGGCUUUUUGGACUUCUGAUUGUAUCUCAAAUUUAGUACCAUUUGGUCUUAUUAAGAAACAGUCCAUUCAGUGAGGAAAAAUAGCUUCAGAAAUUUUGUACCUGCAAAAGUCUGCAAGCAAAAGAACAUGUGCAUCAUAUGGAUAUCCAUUAUCUUGUGCUACACUUGUUUUUAAAUGAAAUGGGAAUGAAAAUACCGUUAUGAAACAACCUUGCUUUUGUCUAGAAAAGGAGGCAUAGGAACCAGCUUUUCUCUGCACUGAUAAUUCUGCACUGCCUUAUUUUGAUUUCAAAAUCUAUUUCAGCAUUUUUAUUCUUCUAAUACUGAAAUUUCAUUUAUUAUACAUCAAGUAAUUGAAAUGUAGGCCUGUCUUGUUUGUCAAAAUAAGGAUCAGCAUCUUAGUUUUUAUCUGUGUCAAAUCUAGAUGGUUAACAGUGUGCAUGUAAACACAGUGUAAAUUUUAUCUCUGUAACAGUGACUCCUCUGGUUGGAAGCUUUUAAAACAUCAUGUACAGUACUCCAGUAGAAAAACUGCCGAUGUAAAAUACGCUUUUCAAAAAAAGAGCUAACUUAAUUGUUUUUAUAUGAAAUCUGGGCAAAGCGAUUUCUCAUAUUUAUGCUAAAUUAGCAAAAUAUUUUUACUCCAUGUAGUAGCUGGAAUGGUUUUUUAUUUAGUUGUUUCCACAAGAAGUCCUACAUGUUUUAUAUGAACUGCAUUGAAAAGUCUAGUUCUCUAGAGACUGGAUUCCAAACUUGCAACGUGUUCCAUCUCCUGGGAAGGCGCACUCGUGUUGGUGAUCUGGCUGAGAAAUCCCACAGCCUCUGCUCCUCAGUCACACACCACUCUAGUCUCUCUCUCUAAGGCUGAGUAGCCAGGUAAGUGCCUGUAUUCUCCAAUACCAUACAGCAAAUACCCAUGACUUAAAAAAAAAAAACACGUGCUAAUCCUUAAAAUUCUGCACUUAAGAAUAGAUUAUUUUGUUCAAGAUAUUCUAAGGGCAAAUGUAACAAGUCCGUGUAUGUAGGGGUCUUGCUUUAACAGCAGGCUUAAAUUAGGCACUCUCCCUGAACACCAGCACCAAAAGCACAAAUCUCUUCUGCUUCAGCUGGGACAAUAGAGGAGGAUCAGUAGCAGCUCUUUAACUUCAGAGUGUGUUGGAGAACCACACACACUUUACUGGAGUAUUUCUCUCAGGGGAAAGUUAAAUGAAAUCUUUUGCUUUGUUAUGCAUGCCCUUACUGAGCAAUCAGAAGUUAUUUUCUUGGCCCCUGUGCUUUCACAUGAAAAAAUAUCUUUAAUAAUAUCAGCAAUCACAAGUGAUUAACAUUACAAAAUAUUUCUCAGCUAGUUUUAAAUCUUGAGGUGAUGGGUAUUUACUAUUUCCAUUGGCACCAAUCCCAGUCCUCUGUAAUACUGGUAUCUGUAAAAACUUCUGAGUGUUUGAAUGUGCAUGUUCCCUGCCAUUGGGGCGUCACAGGUGCAUACAGCCAAAUUCUGUAAAGCCUGCAGUGCAGGAUAACAGGCAGUACCUUGUAAGAGAGAGGAAGAGCGAGCAGGGACGAUACAAAGCGUUUGUGAUACACUGUUUUGCCAUGUUUGAAGUAGCUCAUUCCUGGGAGUCAAAAAGUAAAACGUGCAGGAUAAAGAUCUAAGCUGAAUAAAUUCAACUUGGUUCCUAAAUAAAUUUACUAGGUGGUAAUAAUGUAGCUAAUAAUACUUUUCUUUUGAUGCAAUAUGAUAUUUUGUGAUCAAGAUUUGAUCUCAAGAUACAAAGUAAAGAAAUCUUUAGUUCUUACAGCAAGUUAUAAAGUCAAGUCGGUUUAUAAUUCAUGAAGAGUUAUUAUUAAUAAUAACUGGUAGCUAUUAUUAAUAAUACCACCAAGCCUUCUAACAGAGAUAAACUCAUACAGAAGAAAAAACCCAGUAACCUCUCUUUUUUUCAAUACAGGUUAAACCUGUUGCCCAGCCAAAUCCAUGCCAGCAAAUAGCAAAGCUAAAGCCUUUUCUAGCAUGUAUAAAUUGACUAGAGUGAAAAAAAAUAGUCGAAACCCUGAGCAAAACAGGUGGGUUAAUUUAGCUGAAAUCUAGAGUAGGAUGUAGAAGUCAGGUGAGAGUCAAGUUUCCCAUCACUUGAUUAAACUUUGAUAUUUUUUUUUAGAACAAAAACCCAUACUUUUCAUUUAAGGAAAAGUAAGUUUAAGUCAUGGGAUGGAAGAUAUUUCAGUGUUACUUUCUGGACUAGUAUAUAAUAAUACAUGCUGUAUCCAAUUUCCCAGCUGAUUAAUAUUCAUGUUGAUAACCAGUCCUUUCAUUUUGGGUAGGCUGUUUCUGUCUGAUAAAAGUAUUAUGUUGCUAAAUGAUAUCCAGCAGUAUUUGCUUAUCAACACAGUGUAUUAUUUGUGAAAAUACGUACUUUACUGAUGGUCUUAAUCAGAUUUAUUUCCAAGAUAUUUGGCUAUUGAUAAACACUUCUAAGACUUCCAAGAAGCCCGGUAUAUAUUUUUGAUUAUAUUGCAUCGCUCACAAAAAUGAGUCGUAACAAAAGCAUUUCCCUUUCUUGAAAUAAACUGGAAUUUUCACACAAACCAUUACUGGAACAGCACCUAAAAGCACAUGCCUUUUUGCCUAUAAGGUGAGAUUCACCUGUCUUGAAAAAGGUGCAUUGUUAAAGAUAUAUAAAGCUUUAAUUGAUGUUAGACAUGAAAUUAGAAUUUUGUUGGCAUGAUUACAACGAUUUCAGUUGUUGUUUAAGAGCUAUAACUCAUAUCCUUUGAAACAUCCUUAAAAUUAAAAGCUGGUCAGUGGAAGUUUCUAAUAUUCUUUGCUGAGCUGUAUGCCACUUAGAUCAGAAAAUUCUAGAUUUGUUAAGCUUCACAAUUUUUCAUUUACAUAAGUUCCUGCUAGUGAAUCACAAUUGGAGUUGACAUUUGUUUAUUUUAAGGCCACUGGUUCCACUCCAUAGUAACUACCACUUGCUAUAGAUAAGGUUCAGCUGCUCCCCUGCUCUGUUCACAGUGGGAUCCUGCCUGUGGUUCACGUGCAGGUUCCUGUCUGGUAUUGGUGGUGCUGUUACUCACUAGAUUGCUGACUGAUCCCAGCCCAGAUCCUAACCUGAUCUGGCUGUUUUAUUUCAAUAAAUAGCCUAAUAAACUGAUCAUGUUGUUUUCCCUGCCUCCCAGGCAGUACCUUCACAAACACAGCUGCUUUGUUAAAGAUCGCACACAUAUAUUUGUGUGCGAAGCUGAGCGUCUAUAAAGGUUUUUAUUAGCUCAGGUGUUCCUGACAGAAAUGUGAUACACUGGAUAGAGAGUACUGGGCUCAGAGAGAGGAGACUUUGCCUUUGUCCUGUUGUGUCUUUGCGUUCUCCAUGCUGUGGUUUGUGAUGUACUUCGAGGCACUCGAGUAAAACAUAAUUCAAUAGAACAGGUAAAAUAACAUUUUGUUCUCUUGUUUUGGCAUCAUAACUAAAUUUUCUACUGUAGACUAUGUCGCUUUCCAAAUGAAGCCCAGCCCAGCUCAAAAGUGGCCAGAAAUUUUUCACGAACAUGGAACACAGCUGAAAUGAGUUCUCCAUUCCUUGGACUCAAUUAAUGAGCAGAAGUUAAAAAGUAAAUUUCACAGUGAAAAAUUAGAAUAAAAGCUGUGUUGAAUAUACAACAUUUACCUAUCUAGUGCUUAACAUUUGAGCAGCGAGAUUGUAGUUUUCCUGCAACACCAUACUUGGCAGCAACAGGCAGUCUUAUUCCUCUGCAUGUUGUCUUCUUUUGCCAGCUGAAUUCUCUCAGUUGAAACUCCUUGUCUAGGCUGCUCCUGUAGCAAUGCAGGUGUCCUUACUCAAACAUAAAGCAAGACAGACCCAUGAUACCCUUUUAAAAGGCAUUUGCUAAAUAAGGAUCUCCACUGUUACAGCUCUCGAGUUUUAUCAACCAAUGUUCAUUGUGCCAGUUGUUUUAUUUCCUGAAACAGUCGGGAACAGAGGAGGAUGAUAUGGAAAAUCCUUAAGCAUUCAGGAGUGUUACGCUUUCCCGCUGAGACUGAAGAAUAAUUCUACCAUCUGCUUUAUUAUGGUUGCAGGACAGUUGAUGUAAAAUACUUUGAAAAUCUAGAAUUAACUCAGAGAAUAUAUUCUAUAGAAUUUAUUUCUAAAAUACUAAAUCUGAUUCCUAUUUUUUUAAAAUGGUAGAAAGCUGUUAUUUUCAAAACAGAGUCUAGCUGACUUACAUGUUCCUUGGUAUGAGAAAUCUCAGCAUUUGCCUUUUCAGUGUUCCAAGGUUUUUUAAUAGUCUUGAUUUUGCUAUUCUCUGUAAUCAUUGUCCAUGUGAAAAUUAUUAUCCAUUUUCUCCAAGAAGUGUCAAAUCCAAAGUACAAAUAUUGUGAAGUGAUGAAGUGCAAUGUAGUUUUAAAGAUAUCUGAACACAUUCUUGAGUUCUUCACAAGUUCUUCCUUUUUCACUGUCUCUUCCCUCUCCUAAAUCCAAGGCAGCUUUUAAUUUUUUGGCUAAUAAAUGUGCCAGAGUAUUUCCACUUAAGGAGAAAAGUUAUAAAAUCUUUGAGGACUUUUCUGCUACCGUAAUAGCUGAUACCAAGAAUUUUACUUUAUAUGAGCAUCCACUUUAUGAAAACACCUGUUUCACAGCCUUAGUAUUUUCUUUUUAAUUCCUUCCUUCUUCCUGUUUGUGUCCAGGAGGUCUGUUGUACAGUAAGACUUUUCAUUAAAAUGGAGUACAAGGACAGCUCUACUGUCAUUUGUGCUGAGAAUGAGAUCUUGAAAAGCCAGGUUGGGAAGGGUUUUGAACAACUAGGUGGCCUUUCGGGUCCCUUCCAAACCAGGCCGUUCUGUGAUUCUGAGAGUUAAAAUAUGGAUUGCCCCAUUGCUGUCUUUAAGGUUAGGCACACCCACCCCUAAGAAGGUCCCACUGACCACAGAACCAUAUUCCUGGUGCUCUGUGUGGCACCUUUUCAAUUGAGAUCACAGUCCUUCAUCCAAGGCUGGGGGUGGAACAAAGCCAGAAGGUAGAUUUUGUACAUUAUUAACACAAUUAUUUUAAUUUGGAGCUUAAAAAUGACACUUCUGUUUCAUGAAUGAAUGUCCAGUAGACCUAAGUCAAAAAACAUUUGUCUCUCAUGUAUGUUCUUCUCUAACUGUUUACUUUUCCAACUAACCAUGAAGAUGGGAUUAGCUUUUCCUGAUAGGGAAAAUGGUGGAAGAUACAAAUGCACAACAUUAUUCUAAUACAAGGAUCAAGAUAAUACUUUGUCUUCAAACACUUGAUUGAGUGCAGGGAGGAUAGAAAGAACAAUUUAGAGGAAAAGAAAAAUGAAGGCCAGAGGCAGAUUGAUGAGGAUUAUUUUUCUUCUAAAGGGAAAAAUAAAGCAUAUUAAAACAAAAGAAGGAAAAAGGCAAAUUAAGAUCUCUUCAGAGCAAGGAUGGAAAAGUAUAUGGACAUUCACUACAAGCUUGCCCAUGUUAGAUCAAAAAACCGUGUCUGUUAUUUCAUAUAUUGUAACCAAACACAAACUCAGUGGAAACAGGAAAUGAUGUUUUUCCCAGACCAGAGCUACACAGGCGGCUAUUAAAUAAAAGACUUAUCCAAAUGCAUGGGGUAAAAAAACUAAAAAGCAACACCCUAGAAGCAUUGCUACCAUAUCACUCUUUGCUGAUGGCAAUUUCAAAGACAAGUUCAAAAUUAUUUUACUUAACUCUGCUCCCAGGCAUGUAUUCUCACAUACCCAGUUUCUCAGCUAGCAAGAGAUGCUAAAAGCAAAGACAGAAUGUCCUAUUACCAGCAUUUUAUCUUGCCAUUUUCAAAUGAGGCUUAGUACAUUAUGGCAGGUAAUUGUUUUAGGUUUCUCCAUCUUUAAACUUCUAAAAUACGUUCUUAAGAAUGAAAUUGAAUUGUGGAUGAAGGUUGACCUUGCUGGAGUAAUGGGGGAAUCACUGUAAAGAACCAUUUGUGAGUCUCAGAUAUAGAUUCAGCACCAAUUUUCAGCUUCUUGAAACGAUCAUCAUGUGCACUGGCAGCUGGUUCUUAAAACCAGAAGCAUACUGGUUUUUUUCAAGCCAUUUCACACAAAUACUUCAGGUCUCAAAUGCCCGUGUAAACAAGGCUUAAUAACUGGGCACUUCUUUUAAUUGACUGAUUGUAGGCACUUCUAUGGAAAUACGUCUGAAGUGUAGUUUGUGAAAUAUGUUUUAAAAGUGUUUGAUGUAAAAUAAGCGCUAGACAUUUAACAGUGCAAAAAUAGUCAAGAUCUGUAGAUUACAAAACUGUUCCUAAGAUCCUCAGCCUGUAAUAUUGUCUUAGUAAAGUUGAUCUUUUAAGUUAAAUUGCAUUCUGGUGUAAUAACCUUUUACAAAUAAAAUUAUUAAUACAAAUGUACUGGUUAAUACUUGUUAACUUGUUAAAACAUGGCAAUUGGUUAUUUUGAUUUGUUUCAAUCUAUAACUAAUAGAAAUUUUGUAAAAAAACCACAAAACAGAAACAACACAUUAUCUUUUAUAUGUUUAAAGUGUUUUGUUUUAACAGACUGUAUUAACAUUCACACUGUCUAGUCCAACCCUGUCUUUUAGCAGGUUCAUCUCUCUCUGUAUACAUACAAAUAUAUAUAUAUAUAUAUAUCCCCACAAGAAUAUAAAACUGCUUUUGAAAUUUGUGUUGGCAAGUGGUAAAUAGUACACUGUGGCAUAAAUUCAGAAGCACUUAAGUUGAUGGUCUUUCAGACAGGUAAUCCAUUCAAAUGGGACUAGUAAAAUUGUGUAAUUGCAGCCAUUACUUUAAAAUUUGUACAUUACUUCUACCGUUACUAAUUUCUGAGAAAAAUAAUUAUGUUACAUACUUAACAUUUUCCAUUACAGAUGAUCUUGCAUACUAAAAUUAUGGAGGUCUCAACUAUUAAGCAAGAUAUUUAAUUGGAUUGCUGCUUUUAAACUGUUUGAAGAAGCAAAGGGAAAGAAAGUUAAUCUUAAAAUCUGUAUAUGGAAAUAAUUUUAAGCUUCAUGAACUACGUAUUUCCUCAAUUUCCUUUUUUUUAAAUAAGUUGUAACAUCAAAGAUGCCAAAGGGUAAUAUAAGCUACAAUAAUAUUCAACAGAACUUAACCUAGAUCUUACGUUGUAAUAAUUUAUUCAAAUUAACUGUAUCUUCUGUAUUUAUAUUUUCGGUAUUUAUUAUGAAUGAUAUGAAAUUUGAUGUAUUUAUUGUGGCUUAUUACUGCAGUGUAUAUAUUCCAAAAAAUGAGCAUUUUUAAGUCUUAACAUUAGGUUUUUUUGUUAAUUAGUGGCACUUGUAUCAGCUGUAUUUUUAUUCUAUAUUGUACAAUAUAUAUUGUCCAUUUGUUUGCAAUGAAGUAAACCGGGUUUCUACGUUA